CAAAUACAGUACUUCCGGAUACAGAUGUUAGAGAUUCAACAUUUCUCCCAUUUGCCAGAUACCAGAUAAGACAACAAAACAACAAUGUCCAGACGCUGAAAGCAGUGAUUGACCAAAGUUAAACAGCCAAGGUUCAAGUUGCAAAUCCUGCCACUUGGUAAAAGCUAUCAAGCCAUUGUGUUAAUAGCUUGUGCCGAGAGUCAUCCAGCUACUGACUAAACUCAGGGAAUGCGGGUACAAGUCUACAUGAAUGAGACAGUGAAUCUACAAGAACUUAUGUGCUAGAAAUAAUACUCAUUGACAAGCACUGAAUCUCCAGGACUAGGAAUCUUAUAGAAAUAUUUGAAUCUCGCUACUAACCCUCCAUUGUAACCAGAAGAAAGAGAGAAAAUGGCGUCCACCGAAGAACAAAGCAAUGUCAACGAUGUAAUGGUGGCUCCAGCAUCUGGUGAAACACAGCAGUUACUGAAGAACCAGUCUCAAAAGUCCAUCGAGGAAUCAGACGAAGAAAACAAGAUGUUUUGGCAGAAGAUAAGCAUAUAUCAGGUUUACACCCUGAUCAUAUUCCUGAUCACCUACCUCCUAAAUCAGCUUGACCGCUACAUGCUAGCCAUCACCAUCAAGCCAAUGUCUCAGGAGCUGAAGUUUGGGGACAUGGAUUGCAUGCUGCUCUCAAACUACUCUAGUAAUGAUGCAAUAUCUGAUGGUGCAAAAUGUGAGGAUGCCAAGGAUACCAAAAGCUGCUUUGCCAAAACCUAUGGCAACGGAAGUGAAGCGAUAAAUCCCUGCAAGUGGGACUACAAUGGGCAAGGAUUUGAGUACCAAAUUGUGGCAGGACCUGUAUUCAUUGUCAUUUACACGUUUGCCGGAAUAUUCAUCAGUUUUGCUGCAGACAAAUACAACCGAAAGGUGAUGUUGGGAGCGUGUCUUAUACUCUGGUCUGUGAUGACACUUCUGACAGGGUUUAUAAAGGAAUACUGGCAGCUUGUCCUGCUCAGAUUUGGACUUGGGUUUGGUGAGGCUGGCUGUACACCAUUUGUAGCGUCCAUGUUGACUGAUAUUUACCCGACAGAGCUGAGGGGAACAGCCCUGGGAAUUUACAACUGGGGAAUAUACAUGGGUUACAGUUUGUCCUACGCCCUCGGUAACCUUAUCACAGCUGCCAACAUUAAUGGACAGGGAUGGCGCUGGUCCUUUUUCAUAUCAGGAAUUCCCGGCAUCCUGAUGGGGUUGCUAAUCUUCGUUACUGUUAAGGAACCAGAGAGAAAGAAUGCUUCCAUGCAGUCAGAACAAAAAGACACCCAGAGCGAACAGCCAAAAGCGUCGGUAUGUCAGAGGCUCGGGACCAUUUUGAAGCCAUUCCUUGCCCCAUCCCUCAUGUUGGCUAUUUUGGCAGGAUCUGUAAGAAAUGCUGCUGGCUAUGUAUUUGCCUACAACACCCAACCUUAUUUCACCGGUAUUGGCCAGACAAAAGAAGAUAUCGCAAAGUACAUGGGCUGGAUUCCCAUAGUCGGUGGAAGUCUCGGGGUGGCGGUUGGUGGGUUCAUCUCUGACAGGGUGGUCAAGGGGCGAGGAAUAUAUGCUCGAGUGGUAGUUGUUAUAUUCAGUCUGCUGGUGGCAGCACCAUUUGCGGCAGGGACGUUGUUCUUGAGUCCCCCUUGGGCUUAUAUCUGCCAGAUCCCAACAUACUUGUUUGGCGAGAUGUGGAUCGGCAUUACGCUGGCAAUUGUGGUAGAGAUGAUUCCGAGCAAUAUUCGAACAUCGGCAGUGGCUGUGUAUCUCUUCAUCAUCAGCAACAUCGGAGGAAAUAUGCCCCUUCUUGUGCCGCCCAUCCAGCAGGCUUUUGAAAAUGGUGGAUACACCAAGUCGCAGUCAUUAAGAGGUGCUUUGUACAUCCUUUACCCAGGGUUGUACGUAGCCGGGGCGGUGUUGUUCAUUCCCGCGAUGUUCCUGUUGAAACGAGAUCAGAAGCGGAUGCAGUUCAUGGAAUACGUGAACAUGCAAGACUCCAGUAAAGCGCUUGGCAAAAUGCCAGGCGAGGCUAACCCAGCUUAUCAAGAUUCAGAAAAACCACCCACGAAUUAAAAAUUGUAGAACUUUUGGUGGUAACCUCAGAGCAUGUUAAUCAAACAUGUAGUCCAACUGUCUGUGCAGUUUUCAUCAUGUUGUAUGUACAUGGUCAGCACUAAAACCAUGACUGUUGUGUACAUAUAUAUUAUAUAUAUAAAUGACUUAGGUAAAGCUUUACUUAAAAGAUAGAAUAUGAACCUACAUAUACAUAUGGUUGGUUUGAGUGAUGAACUGAAGCAGCCAUUUUUUUAGCUAUGUUACUUCACAGUAAUUUGGUAGUAUUUUCAUGAUGAUUUAAUAGAAUAAUAUGAUAAAUUAUAAUCCCAUUAUUAAGUUCUAAUAGAAUCAGUUCCAAGAUUGUUGAAGAAAUUCAUCACAGUUUCAAAUAAGACAGUUCCAUUUAAAGGUUGUCAGUUGUUUUUAGUAUUCAGUUGUUUACUGGUAGAUUGGUAAAGUUCCGGAUUAAUACUGAAAUGAGGAUAAGAGCAUUUAGUGUCAGACAAUCAUACAAAUGUAAAGUUUGAUUGUUGCAUUUGGACAUUUGCAUUUAAAAAUAGUAAUGUAUAGAAAUGGAUCUGUUAAUAAGGAACAGUUUCAACAUGGGCCUAAGCCUCUUAACACUGCUCUAGGCCUAAUUUAAAUCUCUAACUAAAUUAUCAGGAUUUAGGGUUUAAUUUAAUGAAAAAUAGAAGGGUGCUGCACCCUGCCCUUUUUGGAAGCUCCCCUCUGCCCUAAUGAAGAAUACCAUGUGUGGCCUGCUGCCUUAUUAUAAUUGAAUGCUUUAGAUAAUCAUAUAUUUCCUUUAUUUUUUUAAAAAGCUUUUUAUAUGAUUCUAAGUACCAAAAACUUAAUAUAUCUAGUGGUUGAAACCUAAAACUCCUUCAAUUAAACACAUUUCUAACAUUUGUUGUAAAAUUUAUGAUAUUUAAGUUCUUCACAAGAUGGGGAAUUUCAGUCAGUAGUGAUCUCUGUUACAGAUAGACUGUUAGGCUAACAGUCGGGGCUUGUGUUAAAGGAAGUUUGGAAGUAUAUUACUCCCUAGAAAUGGGUUCAAACUUCUAAAAUUGAAUUCUUGGAAGUACAAAAAAUUCUAUAAUUUGAAGAAAACUUCCAAAGUUGAAAGCUAGGAAGUUUAAAAUAUCGAAACCUUUUACCAAUAUUACUUUUUCGGUCAUAAUUUCAAUCAGUCUUAAAGUAAAAUGAAUUAUUAUAAUAUUCAUUAAAGUUUAAUAUAAAUCAAGUUGCAAAUUAUUUUAUAAUUUAUAAUGGAUUUUUUAACAUACCCGGUACUAGAGGAAAAAUAGUGGAAAAAUAUAUUGUAUACAGGAGUCUUAAACUUACACAUUUCAGUGAAAAACAUGCAAAAUUGAUGGACAGGAAGUUCAUACUUCCAGAUUCAAAUUCUUAAUGGAAGCCCUACUGUUAGAAUUAUAAUGUUCUGUAGACCUAUAAACAUUUGUAUAGUACACUUUCAUUUUUCGAACUUCUUCAUAAUGUAGCCAUUAUAAAUUCCUGAUCAUUUUACUUCAUUGUUGAUAAAAAAAAUGAACAUUAUUUUGCAACCAACGCAAAUCAUCUAUGAGCCAAAAAGGACAAGCAAAGGUAUUUAUAUAAUUGUUAUAACUAUUUUUUCACGUUUGACUGUGCAUUUUUCAUGAUUUAGCUUUUCCUACAAAGUAUUAUAUCAGAAGGAUUUUGUUGUACAAACAUAUCGUGAUAAAAAAGGUUAUCAUGGGCGACCAGCUCUGACAAAACAUAUGACAUAUUUUGUUUAUUGUAUUAUGAAGGUUGAUAUUUCACAUGACUUUGAUCAUGUGCCUGUUUUAUCAUCUUUAUGUGAUAUUAUUAGUUUAAUGCACAAAAUGUAUUUUACUCUCAAUUUCUUAUAAAAAUGAAUUUGUAAUAUUGUAUAAAACAUUUAUUGAUAUACAUCGAAAUUUUGUUUUGGUGUUUGAUGUUUUUGUUUACCAUAUAAAUAUGUAGGAAUAAAUAUAGUUUUAAUGGUUUACCUGCAAAAUGCAAAGCAUCUGGUUGCUAGAAAAGACCUUGUCUAUGAUUGAAAUUCAAUAAUGCUUAAGUGAAAAAAUGGCCAAUUGUUCAGAACUUUGUUUAAGUUAACAACUUUCAAAUCUUUACUGCAUUUUUUUUUAAUGAAAACACUUGUGAUCUGCUGUUUUUCUAACAAGAUUUGAGUCAACUGUCUAGGUGUGCUUUUUUAUAUUUAAAUAUAUGAGCAUAAAAUAAUGUUUGAUAGAUGACAACGAUGUUGUUAAUCACGUUGUUAACUUAAACAAAGUUCUCAACAAUCGCCUCAACAUUUCACAAAAAUCAACAUUCCAAUGGUGAAGUAUUGAUUUCAGCGAUUUUAAAGGGACACCUUCACAGAUUUUUAUUGGCACUUUCAAACUCUAAAAUUUCUAUGUUGCCUUCUUCUUUUGACAAACGCCAAACAGCAUCUUGCAGAUAAUUAUUUCAACAGAUUUUUGUAACAUUAACCCUUAAAAUAUUCAAUUUUCAAUACCUUAUAACUAACGCUUUAAGCUCUUACUAGUAUUUGAACUUGUGAUGAGGUGUUAUUAUUGUUACAAUGCUUUUGUUCACAUAUCACACAAGCUCGUAUUUUUCGAUAUUUUUUCUGACUCAGUAAAAUUGAGUCUUUUUAAAAGUUUCUAUGUCCAUAAAAUUGUUAAGAUACAUUAUAAUUCUCAUAAUUUGAAUGGACUAUCAGUUAUGGUCAUAAUGAUUAUGUAUUCAAUCUUCAAACUGUUAUAUGUUUCACUUUUUUGUUAUACACCAGUAGGUUGUCUUUUUGUUCAUUGUUAUACAUGUACCUACAUGUACAUAAGAACUAACCAGUUGACAUUUCAACAUACAUGACUCUAUAUAUCUAUGAUUUUUCAUACAUUUUUUUAAGCAAAAAUUGCUUGCCAGUUCUUAACCCAUGAUAUUCCAAUCAUGACAUGUGUUAACAGUAGUGAUAUUAUUGCUGUUGGUUUUGAUAGAUACAUGUAAUAUGUUUGUUACGAUAUAAAAAAUGAUUUUUUUUAUUUUAUAUUUUCUUUUUAUUAUAAGCCAAGACUUAUUAUAUUUUGUCUGUCAAAGAAGGUUACAUACUUAAUAAAAUGAAUACAA